AUGACAAACAUUGCUGGUAAGUUAGCAAACAUUAUUCCUGGUGGGGAAGUAGCGGAAGCUCCAAUUGGAAUAGUCGGAGAUGUUAUUAACCUUACCGGAACUAUUAUCAAAGGAAAAGACUUAGAAAAAUAUACUAAGCAAUUUCAAGAAAUCUUAGCCAAAGAUAAAAAAAACCUGUUUUUAUUUGAUGUCAAAUCUGAGUUAAGUCCUUUUAGUAAUGAUCACAAUGCUUUUGAUCAUAGUGUUUGUGGAAUUUGGCAAGGUAGAUCUUCAAUAGAAUUAAGAGAAAUGAAGAGUUCGAUUGAAGCAAUUAUUAAUAACUUCAAUGAAUUAAAAAAAAAAUUGCAAACUCAAAAAGGACAACUAAGUAAACAAGCCUGA